AUGACGUGUAAUUUCUUUUAUAUCAAACAACCACCUAAACAUGAUACCACUGGGCACAUUCAGGUAUACAAGCAAGGUACAACACCUUCACCUCACUGGUACACCCUGGGGGACUUCACUGGAAAGGAAGACUUCAAUGAUCUGCCAGAGCUAAAGGAACUCCGGUCGAAUCAUUUUAGAUUUGGUUGUAUGGCCCCACAGGUCCCCGAAGAGAAUUGUUUUCCAAAGAUGGACCCGUUCUCUUCCUGCACUGUGGAUACUUGGGACCAUUGCUGUGGGCGGGAAUAUCCUCGUACUCCUCCUGAGGAUAUUGACAAGGAACCAACGACGGCGAACACCACGAUCAUCACAAGCCUCGCCGUGUCCGACCUCCUCAUGGGCGUGUACUUGUACAUCAUCGCGGCUGCGGACACCACAUUCAGGGGGUACUACAUCGAGGUUGACUGGACCUGGAGGAAGGGCAUCGGAUGUAAGAUUGCCGGAUUCCUCUCCGUCUUAUCAAGCGAGGUGUCCGUCUUCACUUUGACUGUCAUGUCAGUGGAUCGUUUCCUGGUUGUGGUGUUCCCGUUCAGUAAGCAAAAGAUCAACUUCAAGAAGGCGAAGAUAUUGGUGGCAUCAAUAUGGAUCUUUGGGGUCAUUUUAGCCGGUGCAACGUUCUGUGUUGACUACUUGCGACAUUCGUACUAUUCAAGAUCAGGCGUUUGUCUCUCGCUCCACCUGACAUCAGAACCCGCCCCAGGCUGGGAGUACUCGGUCGCCAUCUUUUUAGGACUCAACCUCGUUGCGUUCAUGAUUAUCGCUGUACUAUACACUUGGAUGUACGUCAUCAUCAAAUGCUCUGUCGAUAUGAUGAAACACAAGACCAGUCGGAAGAAGGGAGAGAACAAGGAACUAGUCGUUGCCAGCAAGAUGGCGCUGAUCAUCCUGACUGACUUUGCUUGCUGGAUGCCCAUCAUAAUUCUAGGUGAGUAA